CCCUCCUAGCUCCCCCCCUCCUCCCCAGCUGCUCCUCCCCGCCGCUCGCCCUCCUCCCGCCGCGGUGCGCGCAGAGAGCAGAGCCGGGGCUCGGUCCUCCCCCCGUGUGCGUGUGCUUGUGUGUGUGCGCCCUCCCUCCCUCCCUCUGGUCCCUCUGGUCCCUCUGGUCCCUCCGGUCCCUCCGGUCCCUCCGUCCCUCCGUCCCUCCGUCCCUCCGUGGGUGCGGUGCGUGGGCGAUGGCCGGUGUGUGCCCGGGCGUGGGGCGGCCGCCGCCGCGUUGGCGUUGGGCGCCGCUGUGGCUGUGUGUCGUCGGCGUGUGCGGAAAUGGUGCUCUUGCAGAACGUACGGAAAAUGUGCAUAUUUCAGGAGUGUCAACUGCAUGUGGAGAGGCUCCAGAACAAAUUAGAGCCCCAAGUGGGAUAAUCACGAGCCCAGGCUGGCCUUUUGAAUAUCCUGCCAGAAUGAACUGCAGUUGGUACAUACGAGCCAACCCAGGAGAAAUCAUUACUAUAAGUUUUCAGGACUUUGAUAUUCAGGGAUCAAGACGAUGCAGCUCCGACUGGUUAACGAUUGGGACUUUUAAGAACAUUGAAGGCUACAGAGCUUGUGGUUCCACGAUUCCAUCACCAUAUAUUUCUUCACUGGACCAUGUGUGGAUAAGAUUUCAUUCAGAUGAUAGUAUCUCCAGGAAGGGUUUCAGACUGACGUAUUUUUCAGGAAAAUCUGAUGAACCAAACUGUGCAUGUGACCAGUUUCAUUGCGGCAACGGGAAGUGCAUUCCGGAGAUGUGGAAAUGUAACAACAUGGACGAAUGUGGAGACAAUUCCGACGAAGAGAUCUGUGCCAAAGAAGCUAACUCUCCGACGGCUUUCUCUUUCCAGCCAUGUGCUUACAACCAGUUCCAGUGUCUGUCUCGCUUCACCAAAGUUUACACUUGCCUUCCCGAGUCUUUAAAAUGCGAUGGAAACAUCGACUGCCUGGACCUGGGAGAUGAGAUCGACUGUGAUGUACCAACUUGUGGACAGUGGUUGAAAUAUUUCUAUGGUACUUUUAAUUCCCCCAAUUAUCCAGAUUUUUACCCUCCUGGAAGCAAUUGUACCUGGUUAAUAGACACCGGUGAUCAUCGCAAAGUGAUCUUGCGCUUCACUGACUUUAAGCUGGACGGAACCGGCUACGGUGAUUAUGUCAAGAUAUACGAUGGCUUAGAAGAGAACCCACACAAACUUUUGCGGGUGUUAACGGCUUUUGACUCUCAUGCCCCUCUCACAGUUGUUUCUUCGUCUGGACAGAUCAGGGUGCAUUUUUGUGCUGACAAAGUAAAUGCCGCGCGCGGAUUUAAUGCCACCUAUCAAGUCGACGGCUUCUGCCUGCCCUGGGAAAUACCCUGUGGGGGGAACUGGGGUUGCUAUACCGAGCAACAGCGCUGCGAUGGGUACUGGCAUUGCCCAAACGGAAGGGACGAGAUCAACUGUACCAUGUGCCAAAAGGAGGAAUUUCCCUGCUCCAGGAACGGGGUCUGUUAUCCUCGCUCGGACCGGUGCAACUACCAAAAUCACUGCCCCAAUGGCUCCGAUGAAAAGAACUGCUUCUUUUGCCAGCCCGGAAACUUUCACUGUAAAAACAACCGGUGUGUGUUUGAAAGCUGGGUCUGUGAUUCUCAAGAUGACUGUGGAGACGGCAGCGAUGAGGAGAAUUGCCCGGUAAUUGUGCCUACCAGAGUAAUAACUGCAGCUGUCAUAGGGAGUCUCAUCUGCGGCCUGCUUUUAGUCAUUGCCCUGGGAUGCACUUGUAAGCUCUAUUCCUUAAGAAUGUUUGAACGGAGAUCAUUUGAAACACAGCUGUCGAGAGUUGAAGCAGAGCUGUUGAGAAGGGAAGCACCUCCAUCUUACGGACAAUUGAUCGCUCAGGGUUUAAUCCCGCCAGUUGAAGAUUUCCCUGUCUGUUCCCCUAACCAGGCUUCAGUUUUGGAAAACCUAAGAUUAGCAGUUCGCUCUCAGCUUGGAUUUACGUCAAUAAGGCUCCCCAUCGCCGGCAGGUCCAGCAACAUUUGGAAUCGGAUCUUCAAUUUUGCUCGGUCCCGGCAUUCGGGCUCCCUGGCUCUGGUCUCAGCCGAUGGAGAUGAUGUUGUCGCCAGCCAGAAUACCAGCAGGGAGCCAGAAAGGAGUAAUGCUCACCGGAACCUCUUUUCUGUCGAGUCCGACGACACGGACACCGAAAAUGACCGGAGAGACACGGCCGGAGCGGUUGGGGGCAUCGCCGCCCCCUUGCCUCAGAAAGUCCCGCCCACAUCGGCAAUAGAAGCCACGGUUGUAGGGGCAUGUGGAAGUUCUUCAGGCCAGAACACUCGCAGUGGGAUUACAGAAAACGGAAGGGAGGGGACGGGCGGAGACCCCCCGAGCGUGAGUCCUGCCCGGCAUCAACUCACCAGCGCUUUAAACCGGAUGACUCAAGGUCUGCGUUGGGUGCGCUUUACGUUAGGCCGGUCCAGCUCCGUCAAUCAGAACCAAAGUCCCUUGAGACAGCUGGAUACCGGGGUGAGUGGAAGAGAGGAGGAUGAUGAUGUCGAGAUGCUGAUUCCAGUUUCCGACGGAGCGUCGGACUUCGAUCCGAAUGAGUGUUCCAGACCUCUUCUUGAUCUUGCCUCAGAUCAAGGACAAGGGCUCAGGCAGCCUUUCAGUGCCACGCAUCAGGGAGCGAGACCGUGUAAUCGCGAUGGCCCUUGCGAGCGCUGCGGUAUCGUCCACACCGCCCAGAUACCCGACACUUGCUUAGAAGCAGCGCUGAAAAACGAAACUAGCGAUGAUGAGGCUUUGUUACUUUGUUAGGUACGAGGUGAAAAAGGGAGAUUGUGUACAAGUUGGAGCAAUAUCCAGUCAUUGUUUUGUACUUUCCAGUUCAGAAAACAAGUUUGAGUUGAAAAAAGAGAAAACUUCCAGGGCAAAAAUCAGAUUAUGUGAAAGCCUGCAUGGUUAAAUAAACACUUCUUGUAACUCUAUGGACUACUAGAGUGAACAUUUUAGCAGCUGAGAAUACAUUAUGCCUCCAGUCCGUUAUGUAAAUCACGUUCAUCCCAUGUGUUUCUAAUUUGUUUAUCCUGGUACUGUAGUUCAUAGUAGAAACAUGGCUGCUGAAAACUUAUUUGACUGUCAGGUUAUUUAUCUUAUAUUAAAAGAUUUAUUUGUUUUUUUUUUCCUUUAAAGCGGAAUCUGUUGCAUUAAUGCCAACACAGCUCUUGUUACUUAGUAUACUAAAUGCUGUUAAAAGUUGAUAAUGUACAAACAAGCCUCCCCCACCCCCCCCCUCCACAUUCUUGAUUUACAACAUUGAUCUAAAUAUUCUUGAAUUUCAUCAUAAUGUGAACUUAUCAAAGGGAGACAACUUUCACAAUCCUUUUUUUCCUGUCGCGCUCUAAGUGCAGUGAUGUAUGAAAUUUAGUCUAGUUAGAUAAAUCAAUGGCAGAAACAAAAAAAACCCUUUUCUAGAUUUUAUAUCAUUAACUUUAAUACACUGCUAUAGAAUAUGGUACAAACCAAAUGGUAUGUAAAAUCCCAAGUCAUUUUUUUUUCAUCUCUGUUUGGGGACAAAAUAAAAUGGCUGAAGAUAUUCUACUAUGCAUUAAUUCUUGAACUUUAUGAAACAUGUACAACUAUUGUACGAGAUAAGUUCCAACUGGUAAUAUGUCUUUCCCUAAUGUAGGGUAUAUGCUUGCAUUGGACCCAGGGGAUUUGCACUAAAAUCAUGUUACGGUCUCUAAUGAGCUUAGUGCACAAGCACUAUCACUUUAAGUACUAUUAUUCGCUUAUACUGCAAUGAUUAUGUAUAUGUGUGCACCUAUAUAUAUAUACACACAUAUGUAUAUAUAUGUUUGUGUGUAUAUAUAUAUAUAUAUACAUAUAUAUGUAUAUGUAUAUAUAUUUCCAUAGCUCUUUUCUUGGGGUGUUGCAUUUUUAUUACAACUGAAAUUGCUUUGCUAAUUUCCCUAUUUAUUUGUGGUAUUUAAAAUUUUGGUUAUCUGAUUGUUAGAAAAGUGUUUUUCAUUUGGUAUACAGGAUUUCAGUUUUGUUUUGGUUCUGUUUCUUUUAGUAAUGUUACAUGUUGGAACAAAGCAAGUCAGUGGAAAAAAUGUUUGUUUCCAAUUUUGUGAUAAGCAGGUUAUUAUGUGGCUACUAGAGUGAAGACCCAAUUAAAUUUUUUAAUUGUCAACUACUGUUAAUUUAUUCUUUGCCAGUCUGUUUUAGUAGCUUAACGAUUCAGUAUGAAGAUGUAUUUGUGUGUGACUAUGCUAUUUAUUAAAUUUUAAAUACUUUGCUGAAUGUCAUUUUAAAGCAUGUUUAAGGUCUUGUGCAUUUGUCGUGUUAUGCAGUCAGGCAGACCUGACUCCAAUGUUUUAAUAUGUAUCAAAAUUAAAAUAACUUUUUGUUAUGUCUUGAGGUACUUUUUAAAAGAAAAAGAUGUUUUGUGUUGGUGCAUUCCAGAACUCAGUCAAAUUAUAAAACAUGUCCAAGAGAAAAUGAAAUAAACUAAAAGGGAGAGCCA